GCGCGCGCGCCUGCCUGCCUGCCUGCCUUCUCCUUUGGCCUCGCGCGUCUGUUCGGAAUCAGUUCAGCGCGUUCGCUACUUCAGAUAAGCGCCCGCGCGCCACAACAACAACAACAACAACCACCACCACCACCACCGGUAGGAGAGAUGCGCGGAAAACGAGCUGGAGCACGUCUUUAAAAAGAAAUAAAUAAAUAAAAUAAGAGGGGGAUGUGUUUUCUCUCGGACACGCUGUUCCGGGUAAUAACGUUUCAGCGAGAGCAUAAACCGGCGCGCGCAGAGAGACGGGAUUCAGAAGACGGCGCGCGCUACAGCCGCGAGCUGAACGGAAAUAUUAACGGAAAAGGGAGAAGUGAUCCGCUGAGCACACCGGAAAGUCUGCUGAUGAAGGAAAGCAACCAUCUGGGAUUGGGAAUUAAAGAAUGGCUGCUCCUGAUCUUCUGGACCCCAAAGCUGCUGCUCACAACUCCAAGCCCCGCCUGUCUUUCUCUGCCAAGCCGGUGGUGUUGAACACUCAGGAUGACUUUGAGCCGCGCAUCAGUGUCAUGCGCUGGAAAACCGUGCUCACUGUCUUCCUGCUGGUCGUCCUUUACCUUAUCAUGGGAGCAACGGUGUUCAAGGCCCUGGAGCAGCCUCACGAGAACUCGCAGAAACUUGCCAUCCUCAGCCAGAAGCUUCAGUUUCUCAUAGAUCACCCCUGUGUCAACUCCACCGAGCUGGAGGAGUUAGUGAAGCAAGUGAUGUCAGCCAUUCGCGCGGGCGUGAACCCUUCUGGAAAUUCGUCCAAUGUGACAAGUUUAUGGGAUCUGAGCAGCUCCUUCUUCUUUGCCGGGACUGUUAUCACCACUAUAGGAUUCGGGAAUAUUUCCCCUCAUACAGAAGGAGGCCGGAUAUUCUGCAUAGUGUACGCUCUGCUAGGAAUCCCUCUGUUCGGCUUCCUGCUGGCGGGAGUGGGCGACCAGCUGGGGACCAUAUUCGGAAAGGGCAUCGCUAAAGUGGAGAAGAUGAUUGUGAAGUGGAACGUGAGUCAGACGAAGAUCCGCGUGAUCUCCACGGUGCUCUUCAUCCUCUUCGGCUGCCUCCUUUUCGUCACGUUGCCGGCCAUCAUCUUCAAGCACAUUGAAGGCUGGAGUGCCCUAGAGGCCAUUUACUUUGUAGUCAUCACUUUGACGACCAUUGGGUUUGGCGAUUUCGUUGCAGGUGAGGGCGAGCGCCGUCACCACCAGGACAGCAGCGGUGGCUCUGAGAUGGAGUACCUGGAUUAUUAUAAGCCGGUGGUAUGGUUUUGGAUUCUGGUGGGACUGGCGUACUUCGCUGCAGUGCUCAGCAUGAUCGGAGACUGGUUCCGGGUCAUCUCAAAGAAAACGAAAGAGGAGGUGGGCGAGUUUCGAGCGCACGCUGCCGAGUGGACGGCCAACGUCUCUGCCGAAUUCAAAGAGACUCGUCGCCGCCUCAGUGUUGAUAUAUAUGACAAAUUCCAGCGUGCUGCUUCUAUCAAGCGCAAGCUCUCGGCUGAGCUUGGCCUCAACAACGCGCCAGUCAGCCAGGAGAUGACGCCGGGCAAGCGGGCGCUCUCUGUCAACUUGGGAGACGACAGAGAGACAUAUCCAGCCUUCACACUGGCACGCAACGGCAGCCUCUUCCUCAACGGCCUCAGCCCGGAGUACGCCGACCGGCGUGACAUCGCCAUAAUAGAACAUCUGAAAUAAGAACCGAGGAGGAGAGACAAAGAGACGGAAAGAACUAUGAGAGGGGAAUGGAGGACAGUAAUGGAGAGUGGUAGAGGGAGAACUGAGAUAAAGGAGUGAGGAAGGGAUGGAAAGAGCGAGGGUGCUGUGUUUACCAGAAACACGAGUGUCGGAUUACAGGAUUAGAACUUCUGCACUCUUACCUGAUUAAUAUAUCUUCAUCCAUGACUUUUUGCUAAUGCAGAAACUAAUGCCUGAGCGUUUACAGGAUUAAUCCUCCUGCACAUGUACCCUUGACUCCACCCCUUUUCUCUGAGAAGCUCACCAAUGAGCUCACGAGCCUCAGACCAAUGAAGAUGUUCUUCACUACACCACUUUGUAUCAUCAACGAUGAACCAGCUGUGUCUUUUCUACUGGAUCUUGUUUAAAGAAAUAGUAGACUUUUUUUUAAUUCUUCCUCCAAAAAGUGAUGAGAAAACCUUCUGGAACUUGUGAAAGCAACAAUCUGAAUGUGUCUCCAUCGCUUUGAAAAGCCAAACUGUGUUUUGUUAAUGCCGCAAGCUGUUUUAGACAUUUCAGAUCCGUUGUGAAGCAAAGAAUGUCCACGUCCAUGUCUUUUAGCCCUGCAAUUCAUUUCAGUGCCUUAAUGACUACAGAACUCUUAAAAACUGCAUGUGUUGAUCUAUUUCUGGAAUCUGCUUGGAUAUUAACCUAAAAGCAACCCACAUGGGGUUUGAAAUCUGAACAGGUAGGUAGGUAACCCGAGGUCCGCUGAGGUCUGCUGUUGCUAUGGUGAUCUGGGAAUAGGAGACGAGCCUCUCCGGCCAAAAAAAAAAAAAAAAAAAAAACCUACAACGAUUACCAUGGUUACUACAGCACGGCAACCGAGUGUAGUCUGACUCGCACACACUUCCCACUUCACACAGACUACAAGUGCAAAUCAGAGACAUGACUCUGCAUCAAUCCAGCGGCAUUUCUGAUACAGAUUGCUGUCGCUAUUCCACGCUAUAUCUCAUUCACUUGAAGAAUGUGAUGAAAAAAGCACGGUCACAUUUGCACAUUUUGAAGAAUUUGAGUGGUAUGAAAGUUCGAGCGAAAGCUGACGUUUGUUUAAAAUGAAUUACAAACCCUAUAUAUCGGUCAUGAAAUGAGGUUGAUGAAGCUGUGUGUGAGAUUAAUAGCAAUAUUUUAUUUCAUAUCCAUGGUCUUAGCUCUUGCUAUUAGCUUGCUAUUUUUCUUUUCAUUUUUCUAAACAAAAUUUGCUUAGACAGCACCUAGUUCACAAAUGACUGAACUCUGACUGAACUCCUCAGCUAAUUAUCGCACUAAGACCCUCAAAUCGUCAGAAAGUAACGGCUAAGUAAGAAAAUGAGAUGCGAUCUUGUAAAAACAGGGGUGGACAAAUGAUUAGCCCACUAGGCAACUGAAAUCUGUCUAGUCUCAUGUUUUAGUUGCCUGGAAAAACCAAAACACCUAAAGACUAAACCAAACAAUGGUAGCUGAUGGAAUAUAAUAAUGUAUGAUGAGCUAGCUAGCUAGCUAGCUAGUUAAGUGCAUUAAUAUAGACUAAAGGAAACAAACAAAAGGAUGACUGCGUAACCAUAGUUUGUGACUUCAACAAAAAGUCACUAGUGUACGUUUCUGGGUAAGAAUAAUAUUUGAGUCUGGCUAACGCCUUUGUAGUCUUAUGCUAGCAGGAGAUUUUGCGGUGACUAAGAAUGAAAAAAAUGAACAACUUGGACAUGAAAUGUGCUUGUCCUAGGUGUCCGGGCUUCUGAUUUGUCCACCCUUGCUUAAACAUAUUCACUUUUAAUUCAAAAAAAGAGCUAAAAUCUUCUUUUUCUCAAUCACGAAUGCAUGGCAUGUCCUAAUCUGUAUUUGAUGAAUGUUAUCUGAAGCGGCAUGUUUUAACGCAAACAUAUGCAACGUAAAGGGAAAGCGGCAAUAGAGAUGGUACUGAAUUUUACUUGAAGCAUCUUAUUUUUUUCGUUCGUUUUCUUGUUUUAUUAUUUUCUAAUCAGCAUUAGCACCAAUGAGUGGAAUUUCCAGUGUGUGGGUGAAAUCUUUAGAGUGUAUGAGAGGAUACGUCAAGAAGUUGGAGUUGGAAGGUUAGAAAUGAUAUUUUAGGGUGGGUUGUUUACCAAACCUGCUAUAAAUCAGAUUCAUAAUCAGCUGGAAACCAAUAGUAGUUUCUGGCUAUUACUUUUAAAAAAGUAAUGAUUCAAAUCCCAACCGCCAUGUUUUUUUUUUUUUUUUUUUUUUUUUUAAAGGGGAAAUCACAUACAGUUCAAAUGAUUUAAUUUUAUUUAAUUACUUACUUUUCUAUGAUAGAGAUAAACCAGUUUUAUGAAUGGAAGAGGUUUAGAUUAGUUUUAGGCUUGCUUUUUUAAAAUGAUAUUUUUACGUAUUUCAUUUUCGAGUUUACUUUUAAUGUUGGUUUUUUUGUGCCUUCAUAAUUUUACAUUGUUUUCAUGCAUUCGUAUGAUAUAUGGCUUUUUAAAUGUUCAGAUUCAGGAAGUGACCUUUGGCAGGUGAAACAGUGAGACGUUUCUGAAG